CUGUCAAAAAAGUUUCCGAAUUGGUGCGAUGGUACAAGACGUGUUUUUUGUUGGGGAAAACUUUUGAAAAUCUUUUAAAAUGAACAAGUGGUGGAAUUGGAUUUUAAUUUUAGCUUUAGUGUGUUUAUUAUUCGUGGCUAUUCCCCUCACAUACCCUGGGACCAGGACUAAGGAGGAAUUGCGGCCUAUGUUCGAUGAAUACAUCGAAAAGUUCAACAAAUCUUAUAAAAAUAAUCCCGUAGAAUAUGAAACGAGAUUAGAACAUUUUGUGGCCUCGGUAAAUGAAAUAGACAGACUGAACAGCCUAGCCAGGGGUCCGCAAGCACACCGUGCCAGAUAUGGCCUCACAAAACUCUCCGACAUGUCCCAAACAGAAUUCAUAGACAUACACCUAUCAGACGAAAAACCUCAUCAUCGUUUACGUGUAGCCAAAAGUUGGAGUAAGGGGAGCGGGUUAAAUGUUGAUGGGAAGAAGAAUGGUCAUAAGUCAAUAUUGGACAGUGGUGAAGAUGAUGAAGAAAAAGAUGACACUGAUGUGGAAGUUAAAAAUUCUCAUCACAAUAUCUACAUAAUUCUCAGUAGGAAGAGGAGAGCAGCUCUACCUUUGAAGGUUGAUUGGAGAGAAAAAGGCGUGAUAGGUCCAGUGCGGGACCAGGGGCUUUGCGGCGCUUGCUGGGCAUUCAGCACCAUAGGAGUCAUGGAGGCCAUGGCGGCCAUCAACACUGGCAAACUCAGCAGUCUUAGCGUGCAGGAGGCGAUAGACUGCGCAGGAUUGGGUAACGUGGGAUGCUCGGGUGGCGACAUCUGUCUGCUACUGGAUUGGCUACUGCUAACGGAUACAGCCGUCCAAGUGGACACCGAGUACCCUCUCCGACUGACCAACGGCGUGUGUCAGAAGAAGACCAACGCGACCGGCGUGCGUGUUAAGAAGUUCACUUGCGAUGAUCUGGUGGACUCUGAAGACAAGAUCAUAGAGACCAUAGCUACCCACGGGCCUGUGACUGUCGCUGUGAAUGCUCUGACAUGGCAGAAUUACCUAGGCGGCGUUAUACAGUAUUAUUGCAGCGGCAGUACCAAAGACCUCAACCACGCGGUACAGCUGAUAGGUUACGACUUAACAGCGGAAGUGCCGCACUACAUCGCGAAGAACUCUUGGGGCAAGAGCUUUGGCCUCGGAGGUUACAUACACCUAGCUGUCGGCAGCAACACCUGUGGUCUCGCCAAUGAGGUCGCCUCUGUGGAUAUCAAACCUUAGACGCCACUUUCUAGAUACCGUCGUAUAGCGGCUUAAAUAUGGCGUCAAAUGACGUCAUCGAAAUCUCUUGAAGCUUACGUAUUUGCCCAUAAAUCGCGGUUGGAUCCGAUAGCUGCGUAAACCAUAGAUCUAAAACCUUAGACUCGAGUUCCCUAUAAAUACCGUGGUACAGCGGCCGUCAUAUACCGUCAAAUGACGUCACUAAAACAUCUAUUUAAACAAGAUAUAUUUAUACACAAAGGCAAAAGUGCUGCACUACAUCGCGAAGAACUCUUGGGGCCAGAGCUUUGGCCUCGGAGGUUACAUACACCUGGCUGUCGGCAGCAACACCUGUGGGCUCGCCAAUGAAGUCGCCUCUGUGGAUAUUAAACCUUAGGCUCUAGUUUCCUAUAGAUGCCGUCAUAUAGCGGCCGUCAUAUUGUGUCAAAUGACGUCACUAAAACGCGCGUCGGUUUAAACAAGGUAUUCAUCAUACAGUAUAACACAGCGCAAGUGCUGCACUAUAUCGUGAAGAACUCUUGGGACAAUAGCUUUGGCCCUACAUACACCUGAGUGUUGGCAGCAACAUCUGUGGUCGCGCGUAUAUUAAACUUUAGGCUCUAGUUUUCUAUAGAUGCCGUCAUAUAGCGGCCGUCAUAUUGUGGCUGUCAUAUGGCGUCAAAUGACGUCACUGAAACGCGCGUCAGUUAUGAACAAGGAAUAUGUAUAUUAUAUACAUCGCAAAGAACUCUUGAGGCAAGAACUUUGGCCUGGCGGCUUCAAUAUGACGUCAAAUGACGUCUUCAAAACGUCAAAACGGCAAAAUUCGCUUGCGUAGAAAAACGCAACAUAGCUCGGACUAAAACCGAAUUUACACCAAUGAAAUACAGACCUUAUUGCUUCACAUUAAGAUUUAAACUGUUUUUGUCCAACCCUGCCUACGAAGCUAAGUUUAACAUUCCAAGCAGU